AUGGAUGCUCGUCUCGUCUUCGGCCAGCUCGUCACGCACGCGCUGAUACCCAUCUGCACCGACUCCGAGGACCCAGGCACGAGGAAGGCCAUCGAGGCAAUCCAGGAGAGCUCUCGGCUUCGCCGCCGUCCUCUGCCUCGGAGCUCUGCGGAUCACGCGGAGCACCCUCUCAGCUCACGCUCGGCUGUCCCAGCUUCUGCCGCCGACGCCGCCUGCAGCGCCGCCCGGGGCCACGUGCGCAUCGCGGAGCUGCCGCUCGAGGACUGCUGCGAGGAGCCCUUCGCGCUCGUGCUGUCCCUGUCCGUCUCGGGGACCUGGUGGCGACGCCACAACAUGCGCACUACCCUCGCCAAGGAUAUGAACACCCGUAUCGACGCUCUCAUGACAGAGAUGGCGUGCAAGCUCGCCCGGCGCGAGAGCGUGAUGGCCAACGCGGAACAGAGGGGUUCCAGAGGCUUCUUGCCGAACGCCAAGGCGCUCAUGAGGCAUGCCAUUCUCAACCCUCUGAUGUCCGAGUGGAUUGUCCUGUUCUGCCUGGAGCUGACCUCCCAGACCUCCGUAGAGUCCGUCAGGAACCCGAGGAACUACGACAACCCGUGCCCGCUCAACGGUGGUGGGAAGCGCGAGCUGCUGUUGCCCGAAGCUGGCUUGAAGCACCACCCGACAAUCCGCACCUGUGCGCAGAACCUCCGCAUACGGACGCAUAACCUCAACUCCCAGGCGAAGCUUCUCGCAGCAAACGAGACGAAGACCACGGAGUUUGCUGUGAUGACCCUCGGUGCGCUCUCUGGCCUGGGCAUGUUCAUGCGCAGCUCUGUCACGAGUGAGGCUGUACUUGACAUGGUUUCGAGUGAUACUGCCAUGGCGAUCCCCGGCGCUAUCGGCACUGCUGGCACUGCCAGUGCUGCCAACGAGGCGGUGCGCCACGCCGCGCCGAGCCCCUUGGUGCUGUUGCUGCUCCUCCUCCUGCGGCAUCACGGUGCCCUUCAGAAGCGAGAUGGCCGUUCGAUGCCGUCGCGGAGCUGCUGGCUGCACGCCGCCUUCUCGGCGGCGGGGCCGCGGCGCCCGAGGCCGGCGGCCGCCGACGGCGCCGACGGCCCCCCCAGCGGCGCGGCGCCGGGCGCCGCCGCCGCGCUGGGCGCCGCUCUUGCCGCGGUGCUCCUCUGCAGGUGGCAGAGGAACCGCGCCCAGCGGCCGCCCUUUGCGUGGGCCGUGCUGUCGGAGGAUCUGGUGUCCCAGUUCAUCAUAGGCGGCCCUUGGAAGGAUGUGGUAGAGAAGAGCGGGGACUACGAAAGAAGAGAUCUGGUUAUUCCCGUGAACUCGAAGGUGGAGAUGAGGCCUGGCGGCGUCUACCGAUGGGCUCUGGUGAUCGAGCACCUCAGCCGAGAGAUGCCCGAGAUCCAGUUUGGCAUCCAGGGUUGCGGCUUCGAGAAACCGUGGCGCCUGAUAACCACGACGCGGUGCUCGCGGGCCUGCGACGAGGAGACCUGGCAGCGGCGAGCCGAGGGCGACAGGGCCAUCCUGGAGCACGACGUGGUGCACCUGGAGCUCGACCUCACCAGCAGACCCGGAGUGCUCUCGAUGGCAGUCAACGACGAGCCCUUUGAGGUUGUCUUCGCGGACAUUGUCACGGACAAGCCCAUCAUGCCGGCGGUGAUGCUCGCUGGGGACGGGGGCAGGGUGCGCGUGCAGGCCACGCAGCGGCGGAGCUCGCCCCUGCAGAGGCAGGCCUCGAUGGCAGCCGCCGGCCAGCCUGAGCCCGAGCCUGAGCGCAAGGCCACAUCGAGCAGCAGCAGCCGACGGCGGUAG